GUACAUGCAUUGGCCAAGGAAUUUACUGACAGACUCGGGCGGCUUUCAGAUGGUCAGCUUGUUAAAGCUUCUGUCUAUUAGUGAGGAAGGAGUCCAUUUCCAGAACCCCCGGACUAAAGAAAUGAUGAUGUUAACCCCCGAAGAAUCUAUGGGGAUUCAAAACUCAAUCGGGGCGGAUAUUAUGAUGGCCUUAGACGAUGUCGUCAGCAGCACUUAUGAGGAUCGUGCUAGGAUGAAGGAUGCCGUUGAAAGAACUAUUCGUUGGCUCGAUCGAUGUAUUGCUGCCCAUAAACGACCACACGAACAGAAUCUUUUUGGUAUCGUCCAGGGCGGCCUCGACCGUGAGCUCAGAAGUUGGUGCCUCGCAGAAAUCAAGAAACGCAAACUGCCGGGAUAUGCUAUUGGAGGGCUCAGCGGUGGCGAGGCUAAGGAGUCCUUCUGGCAAGUCGUCGAACAGUGCACUGCCCAACCCGAGGGACUGCCCACGGACCGUCCGCGUUACCUCAUGGGAGUCGGUUACACUCUUGAUAUCAUAUGCUGUGUCGCACUAGGCGUCGACAUGUUCGACUGCGUUUACCCCACACGUACGGCGAGAUUCGGAACUGCUCUCGUACGUUCCGGUCAAAUGCGUUUAAACCGCGCAGACUACCGUUUUGAUUUUCAACCGAUCGAUCCGAGAUGUUCAUGCCCGACCUGCAAGAAGGGGUAUACUCGUGCGUAUUUACACUCCAUCGCUGCUAAGGAACCGAAAUGUACCCGCGAGAAUCCUCAAUUUGCCCUCCAGGGUGGUGCCGACGGUGCUUGU